AUGGCUACCGCUUUGAGAUCACUGACGAGCUCCUCACGGGGCUCUGCGGUUCCUCAAGCCAUCAGAGGCGCUGGUAAAGCGUUCCAGGCACCACUGCAAUGGCGACGACAGUACCAAACGACGCCGGCGGUCACAAACAGUGGCAUACCUGAUUAUGCCUUUGCUUUCGAUAUCGACGGUGUCCUAGUCCGCACAUCCGCACCUCUCCCCGGCGCCUCCCAAGCCCUUAAACACCUCCAGUCCGAGCGAAUCCCAUUCAUCCUCCUCACCAAUGGCGGCGGCAAGAGCGAGGAAGAGCGCGUCUCAGAUCUACAGAACAAGCUAGACGUCGAGUUGGAUACUAGCAUGAUUGUUCAAUCACACACUCCUUUUGCAGACUUGACCGACUUGCACGACAAGACGGUGCUGGUAGCGGGUGGUGACUACGACAAGUGCCAGCUGGUGGCUCAAAAAUAUGGUUUCAAGAAUGUUGUCACGCCGGGAGAUAUUGUAUUCUUGGACUACUACAAGAGCUUCGCGAAGCCCUUACCAAAGCCCAUCAUUCCGCACAGCACAUCAGAGGAAGCAUUGAAAAUCGACGCUAUGUUCGUAUACAACGACCCGCGAGACUGGGGUCUAGACGCCCACAUCAUCCUAGAUGCAUUGCUCUCCGAGAGCGGAUACUUGGGCACGGUCUCCAAAAAGAACAACAACAUCUCCCUCCCGAACAAAGGCUACCUCCAAGACUCCCAACCACCCUUCUACUACUCCAACCCGGACAUGUGGUGGGCAACAUCCUACCACCUCUCCCGUCUCGGCCAAGGAGGCUUCACGGCGGCCUUCGACGGUCUGUGGUCCUCCGUGACCGGCGGCGCCCACCUCCCCAAAACCAUCAUCGGCAAACCCCACCAGGAGACGUACGAAUUCGCCGAGCGACGGCUGCGAGCGCACAGGAAACAGCUGUUCGGACAGGUGGGGUUGAACGACCCCCUGCGGAGGGUGUAUAUGAUUGGAGAUAAUCCUGAGAGCGAUAUUCGAGGUGCGAACAAUUACCGGAGUCCGUACGGGAGUCAGUGGACGAGUGUGUUGAUCAAGACCGGGGUGUGGAAGGAGGGCACUGAGCCGGCGCAUAAGCCUCAUGUUGUGAGGGAGAAUGUGUUGGAUGCUGUGCGGUGGGCGGUUGAGGAUGCUAGGAGGCAGUGA